AGCUUGUAUGUAUAUCAUGCAGGUAGGAAUAUUUGAUGCCACAAAUAGCACAAGGGGAAGAAGAAAUAUGCUUACGGAAAUGGCUGAGGGAAAAUGCAAGAUUAUUUUCUUGGAAACAAUUUGCAAUGAUCCUAAUAUAAUAGAAAGAAAUAUACGUCUAAAAGUUCAACAGAGCCCAGACUAUGCCGAAGUGCCUGAUUUUGAAGCUGGUUACAGAGACUUCAAGACUCGCCUUGAUAAUUAUGAAAAAGUUUAUGAGCCUGUAGAGGAAGGGUCUUAUAUCAAAAUGAUUGAUAUGGUUAGUGGCCAUGGGGGACAAAUACAAGUGAAUAAUAUCAGUGGCUAUCUACCUGGGCGGAUUGUCUUCUUCUUGGUCAAUACACAUCUUACGCCUCGUCCAAUUUUGCUUACAAGGCAUGGAGAGAGCCUAGACAAUGUUAGAGGCAGAAUUGGUGGUGACACUGUAUUAAGUGAAGCUGGGGAGGUCUAUGCGAAGAAGCUUGCCAAAUUUGUUGAAAAACGACUGAAAAAUGAAAAGGCUGCUUCUAUAUGGACCAGCACACUGCAAAGAACAGUUUUGACAGCUAGUCCAAUUGGUGAAUUCCCCAAGAUACAAUGGCGAGCCCUUGAUGAAAUCAAUGCUGGUGUAUGUGAUGGAAUGACUUAUGAGGAAAUAAAGAAAAAUAUGCCUGAAGAAUACGAGUCACGUAAAAAUGACAAGCUGAGGUAUAGAUACCCCAGAGGCGAGUCUUACCUUGAUGUCAUACAGAGGUUGGAGCCAGUGAUUAUAGAGCUUGAAAGACAGAGAGCACCCGUGGUAGUGAUAUCACAUCAGGCGGUAUUGAGGGCUUUGUAUGCUUAUUUUGCUGAUAGGCCUUUGAACGAAAUUCCACAUAUAGAGAUGCCACUUCACACGAUCAUAGAGAUACAAAUGGGAGUUACUGGAGUCCAGGAGAAGAGAUACAAGUUGAUGUAGAUUAUUGCUAUUACUUUACUAGCGAUUUUAUAACAGCUUUGAAGGUCCUUUUGUUUCUCUUUUUUUUUUUUUUAAAAAAAAAAUAAAAAUAAUUCUAGUUGAUGCCAAAGAAAUUUUCUUAAAAGUUACGAGAGUAUGACAUCAGAGGACAUCCUUUUGGCUGGCAUCUUCUUUCUCUCGAUCGCAAUUUCAUCCUCAUUUUUGUUUUUUGUUUUUUUUCUGAUUUCGAUAUGGCUUCUGAAACACUUGCCGUUUAGCUAGUGUGUUGUGAUAUUGUCCAUUUUACGUCUGAUGCAAAAGCUUGAAGGCAAUGAAUAGGUGUGGAAUUUUCACUAGA